GUGGAAAACAAUGAGGUCUCCGUCUGAAUACGUUACGAUUGUGAGAACCUUUUCCUUGUUAAUGGGUCUUGGAGAGUACCAGGCAUGUAUUUAGCGGGCUCAAGUGGUACUUGUCUACAGAAAGUGAUCUGCCUUGAGUCUCGAUCAUUAUUCCGCGAGAGUGAGAGAGAAAGAGGAGAGAGGGACGAUGAAGAAGGAGGCGUUGAGGGAUGACAGCAGCAGCGGCGAGGAGGACGGCGACGAAGAGUGGCGGUCAGCGAUCAAUUCCAUAGCGGUGGAUGCCUCUGUUCCUUCCCUCACUGUAGCAGCCUCUCAGAAAACGCGGAAGAAGAAUCACGGCGAAGGGGAUGACACCCACUCCGACAGUAGCGGGGAUGAGGACUCAAAGCCGCGACCUCCGAAUCCCCACAAGCUAAAGGUUCUAAAUAUGUUAGAUGAUUUUCUGGACAGGAAUUUAGUUUUUGUCAAAUUGCCAAUCACAGAAAUGAAAAGCGUGCCUGAGCAAGACGAGGGUGGUGUUCGCCUGUUCGGCCGAGCACCUCCUGGGUUGACCUUUAAGACAGAUACUGUUUUAGCACCAAGAAGACGACCAAAAAUUCUUCCAUAUGAAGAAAUUGAUGAAAGAUCAAAAGAGGUCUAAGAGGUUUCGACUUGCUGUUUUUGUGGAUCUACAGUUCAAGCGUCGAAUUAGGUCUGUUGCUGUUGAUGGUGCAGACGUAUUUGCUGCAGCAGAAGUAGCACGACAGGGUGCCCUGGCAAGAUUUGAAUCCAGACUUGCUGCAGAACGAGAGGCUGCUAAAAGGGAGGAAGCUCGAGUUGCAGAGCUGAAAAGGCUUCGAGGAGAGAAAUGGCUUCCAUCCAUGGCUAAACAAAUGCGAAGGACAUGUUGAUAAAUUAAUUCACAUGGUGGAUCUUUGCAUUAAAGCUUCACACGUGCUAUCAAACUUACUCUCAUAUGAAUUGCAUAAUGAGGGACCAGAUGAGCGGAUAUAUGGGAUUCUAAAUCUGAAGCACCGGACGCUAGAAUCUUCUGCAUCCUUGUUCUCCUCAUUCCAUCAAAAAGGGGGAUUCAAGUGAACGGACCAAUUCUCUGGCCGGAGUCGCAAUCUAGCUUAAGGUUUAACAGAAAAUUGAGCUUCAACGGGCAGCUUUCUUCAUGGUUGGAGUUUAUCCUUCAAAGGUUCUGUGGUUAUUCUUCUGCAAAUGCUAACGCUCAAUUUUGUUCAACUCAUUUUAGUCAUUGAGUAGCUUUAUUGGUGAUCCAAUCUGUGAACUCUUUAAUAGUGAUAUAAUAUUUUUUGAACUCAA